AUGUCCUACGCUGCGUUCAUCACAUUCAGCCACACGGGCGAGGAUGAAGCUAUCAUCUCCUCCAUCAAAGACCAGCAUCGAAACCCCCUGGAGCUACAGUCCCUGAAUGACGUGCUUUCCGACUAUGAAGAAAAGGACGAAUUAAUGUUGUCGCAGUGUUCAUUGCCAGAGUCGCUGAAGGUACAGUUGAAGCGGACUGCGCUGUCGUUCAGCAGCAAGGGCGCAGGUUACGGCCAGGCUGCUGGUCCAAUGGGUGCUGGACCGAUGAGUGUAGGACCGAUGGGUGCUGGUCCAAUGAGUGCUGGACCGAUGGGUGCUGGUCCAAUGGGUGCUGGACCGAUGGGUCCUGCAGGGAUGGGUGCUGCAGGGAUGGGUCCUGCAGGGAUGGGUCCCGCGGGGAUGGGUCCUGCGGGGCACCCACGGAUGACGCCUUCGGUGUACAUGCCUGCGGUGGCUGCGCGAGAUGUGUCGCUGAUUGGGCCACCGCCGUUGCCACCAUGUCAGUGGUUCGACCCAACGGGGAUAACGGAGACGGAGGUCGAUGAGUUGAAGUGUUCGUUUCCAGACUUACGUCCUGGUGUGCAAGUAGGUGCUCGGGACGCAAAUUCAUGGGCCUACAUUCAUUUGCGAAACACUUUGAUUGAUGUGUACCGAAGCAACCCGGGGAGUAAGUUGACGCUGGCGGAAUGUCGUAAGUAUUGUGACGGUGACCUGGCAGCGUUGAUCCGGUUAUUAUCUUUCCUGGAAAGACAUCGGCUGGUGAACUUUGCCCUAGAUACGGCCGCGCCGGGUGGCUCCCAGUUAUCCAACCAGUCUCUACUGGACCCGGCUACUAAGAAACUUAAGGAGGAACUAAGUUCCCAUUGGACAAGCACACCGACCUGCAAUGCCUGCGACCGCAUCUGCCUCUACUCCUUUUACGUCCUCAGUCCUUCCAUAUACGGAUCCUGUCUACCCUUCAGUACUCUACGCACCGCCAUCUGGUGCCAGGACUGCAUCCGCGAUCUACCCAAUAACAACUGUCUACUCAAAGUCAACCUUCCCGCACUACACGUCCCAGGAGGCACCGCCACCUGGAGCGACCAACAAAUCACCGCUCUGUUCGACGCCAUUGACCUCAUGGGACCCGACUGGGUCGCCGUCAGCAAAGCCGUCUCAUCUAUACCCGGCAACCCCAUCAGAACACCCAGGGAAUGUCUCGCCGCCUUCCUCAGCAUGCCACUAUCCGAGCAACCUCAACAACCAUCCAUGUAUGACACAACACAAUCUUGGCCACAGCACAAUCUUGGCCACAGCACAAUCUUGGCCACAGCACAAUCUUGGCCACAGCACAAUCUUGUCCACCCCACCACAACCUUAGGCACCUAG